AUGUAUAGGAAUCGAGGCGGCCACUUGCUGCAGAAUGAGGACAUUAUCACUAGAAUACUACUGGCGGCUAGAAUCCGACCUUCAGACACUGUUCUGGAAAUGGGUCCGGGAACAGGGAAUAUGAGCGUCAAACUGAGCGAGCUGGCGAAUCGAGUGGUGGCAAUGGAAGUUAACGAAGGGUUGGCUAAGGAGGUUGAAAGACGUGCGGAGAUGAAAGGAGCCUCAAAUAUGGAAGUUGUUACGGGUGAUUUCAAGAGACUGGCUUUGCCAAGGUUUGACGUUGUCAUAGCUAACCUACCGUGA